UCCGGCACCCAAACGAUAAACCCUAAACCCCUCCUCUCCUCGUCUCCCGCAGUGUCGUCUUCGUCCUCAAACCCUAGCCUAGCGAGGCCGCUCACAUAGAGAGAUGGUCCGCUCCUACGCAGCGAAGGGGCGGAAGAAGCGGCGGAAGAGGAAGCUCGAAGAGGUGGUCGAAGACGAUGAGGAAGAAGUAGUAGAAGAAGAGGAAGAAGCGGGGCGAGAGGAGGAAGGCAAUGGAGGAGAGGUGGAGAAAGAGGUUGAGGAGGAAGAAGAGGGGAGGAGGAGGAGGAAGGCGCAUGAGGACGACGACGACGAGGUUCCGGGGCUCCCCGUGGUGGCGCGGCCCGUCGUCGAUGGCGGGAGGAAGCGGCCGGGGGUCAUCUUCGUCCUCGAGAAGGCCUCUCUCGAGGUCGGCAAAGUGGGAAAGAAUUUACAGAUGUUGAACUCAGAUGAUCAUGCUAACUUCCUAAGAAAGCAGAAUCGCAAUCCGGCUGAUUACCGGCCUGAUAUAAUUCACCAGGCGCUUCUUGCAAUUUUUGAUAGCCCCCUAACAAAGGCUGGGAGAUUGCAAGCUGUUUAUGUUAAGACGGAGAGAGGAGUACUUUUUGAAAUUAAACCUCACGUUCGCAUGCCACGCACGUUUAAAAGGUUCUGCGGUCUCAUGUCACAAUUACUGCAGAAGUUGAGUAUUACCGCUGCUGGCAAGCGUGAGAAACUCCUUAAUGUCAUAAAGAACCCUGUGACCCGCUAUUUACCUGUCGACUCACGGAAAAUAGGUCUCUCGUACAGCGCAGAAAAAUCAGUUAAUUUAUUCGAUUAUGUUGCUGGAGCCAGCGACGACGUCAGCCUUGUCUUCAUUGUUGGGGCUAUGGCUCAUGGGAUGAUCGACAAGGAAAAUACAGAUGAUUUUAUAUCGAUUUGCAGCUACCCUCUGAGCGCCGCGUGCUGCUUAAAUCGAAUAUGCGGCGCAUUGGAGCAGAAGUGGAAGAUCGGAUAAAGGGUACAAUCAACAGUGAUAAAGAUCCGGUGAAACGACAUGAACAAUCGACAGCAAGUAUCUUUUCGGUCAUCCGAUAGUUCUGCCGAUAUUUACGCACUUUCUCUCUCCUACUAGCUGUCCUUUCAGAAGCCACUCUCUUUCUCUCUCUCACAGCCUUAUAUGUUGUUUACUAAAUUAUAAGUUCCUGCUUGUCACCGAAUCAACAGGAUUUACAUCAUGUAUUCUUCGUAAAAAUUUUGAUGAUUAUGUUUUGCGUAAUGUGCAUUAUCCUCGCCAUUUUGAACCA